AUGAUUUAUUUAUCAAAUAUGGGAUUAUUUACUCGUAAAAAUGGAUAUGUGAUCCCAAUCAUUCUCGUGGCGUUCUUAGUAUUUGUUCCAUCAGUUACUGCGUUUGGAGCAGGUAAUAUACCUAGUAUCUCAUCAAUCGAGGGUAUUAACUUCCGACAUGGGGACAUUGAAGAUAUGCUUAAGACUGUCGCGUGUAUAAAGGGUCAUAAAUGGACCUCUAUGAUGAUAAAACGGGUCUAUUUCGGGAACUGGUUGAGAGAUUACUCACAGGCUGUAGACGUUGGAAGUUUAAAAGGCGUCUCUGCUCCAACAAUCAGGAUACUCGUUUGGGUGUUAUCUUUUCUAUCUUUUGGCUACGCUACACAGGAAUUCGAGGUUACGGACGAAAGAUUAGGUGUCUAUCGCCCUGAAGAGCACAUUGACAAUCCAAAAGAUUAUGCCGAUAAUAAAGAUGCUCGUCACCAUGACCCACGCCUUAGAGGUCCUGUUCAAAAAGCUGAACUUGAAAUCGAUAUGAACACGGGAAUGAAGAACUAUAUUGCUAACGAGUAUGGGGGCUGGGCAACUUCUUCUGGCUACGUCAAAUUUAGCCUUUCCCGCAGCAUUCAUUUUGGUAGGCUCUACACUAGUGGUUCUGGAAAUAGUAAAGGAAACGAGUCAGACCUUUGUGAAGCACUUAGGUGUCUAGGCCAGGCCCUACACUGCUUGGAGGACUUUAGUGCUCACUCAAACUACGUCGAGCUCGCUCUACGAGAGAUGGGCUAUCGGGAUGUAUUUCCACACACAGGAGUUUCGACCGAAUUAAAUAUUCAGGGCCACUAUAUCUAUCCGCUAACAACUGGAACUUUCGGUGCCGUUGAUUUCCUGCACAGUGUCCUUGGAGAGGCAACCGAUCAUUUCACUCAAACCGAGGUAGAUGAAAUGGAUUUAGUAUUAAAGAAUGCCGAAAAAAUUCAGGAUGGCGACAGUCGGAAAUCUAGUCUCUUCGGCUCAGGGAGCGACUUGAUCCGUCUCCUUAAAAAAGUCCCAGGCUUAGGGCUAGACCUUUCUUCGACUGCCAAAAAUCUUAAAUCAGCUUCAGAAGCGAAACAAUUAGAAAACACAAAUCGAGCCGGAGUCAUGGGUGGAUUUCAGUACGCACCUGAAAACUUAUUCGAACCGGGUGACGAACCUUCAGGCCCAUCAUCAGAAGCUGAUCCUAUGAAUAUCAUAAAAAAAAUAUAUCCAAUUCUAGAAUUCAGAGAUAAGGUGGUGAAGGCAAUUAAUAAAACAAUCGCCAAAAUUCCAGGUCUUGAGUCUUUAGUUGAGCGAAUCAGUGAAACUCUCACACUCUUUAUACUUUCUCUAUUAUCUCCUUACAUCAGACCAAUCAUUGAUACAGCUUCAAAAACGCUAAAGCAAGGAUCCUCAACCGUUGUGGCUGCAAGCGCAAACUCUCAGUUUGAGCCCUGGAAUGAUCCAUACUGCACUGAUCCAACACAUUCGAUGCUCGCAAAAGAUCACUUUUCUAACAAACUUAAUGGUGUAGCCGGUCGAGUUGCUAGUUCAAUUCUUCAAUAUGUAACGCCACGGGUCCUCUAUGCAUGGGAAAAUCCAGAUUUGAAUGUAGACGAGGUCACAGCAGAUAUUAUUCGCGUAUUUCAUCAUCCAGCUCUUCGGGAUGAGUCCCUUGAGAUACAUCGAAAUAUGUUCCAUACUGUCCGUCAAUGGGUUGAUGAACAGCCUGAUCGUCACAAUCUGAACGAAAUUCUCGGCUCUGCCUCUGUCAAAGCUGGGCGUAAUCACCAACUAGUCGAUGAAGCUAGAGGGCUUGAACAUAACCACGGCCUCCUCGGCGGACAUGGUAAGACUUCUGGUUCAAUUUGGACUGAGAUACAAAAGCGUGAUCUAGCUGCCAUGGAAGGCACAGAUGGGCGCUACGCUUUCUCUGAUGUACCUGAAUCUGGAUAUGAACCUCACACAAACGACUUUCAAGGUAACGUGAAUAUCCAAUUUCAGAAUCAACCAACACCAAACAAUGAAUAUUAUCAAUCACCUAUGCAUUCGCAGCAACCAGGGCCCCCAAAUUUUCAGCCAUUAUAUCCAAAUCCUGCAGCACCUCCAGGGGGCUAUUGGCCACAAAUGAAUCCAGGGUAUAAUCAACAUAAUCCUCAUUUCCAGCCAGGAGUAACACAGACACAUUGGGGGGCGAACUAUCCACCAGUUUACGCUGCACCAUAUCCAUCUGUAAACCAGCACAUGUAUCAAGGUCCUUAUCCCGGGAGUCAGGGUGGAUAUCCCGACGGGAGUGGUUACGGAGCUCCACCUUGA